AUGACGUCAGCAAGUACUGGACUGCUGGAAGAAUGGCUGAAGAAGGUGGAAGCGGAUGCAACGCAGGCGUUGCAGAAUAUGGAGCCCAAGGAGAAGGCCAAGCAAAUUACAGAGUCAAUGAAGAAGAGUUUGCAGGAGGAAUGGGAAAAAUUGAGGGCUAGGCUGAAGGUAGGGGAGUCCCUGGAAAUAAAGGACAUCUGUUCGAAGGACAAGACAUGGUCUGGGAUUAAUUUAGGGCCUACGGGGAUGUAUAAAGUUGAUUUAUGUAAGGGAGUAGUCGAAUUACGGUACUUCACUGCUGGGCUAAAGAAAAAAGAUGAAAGUACAAGGCAAACGGAAGUUGAAAACAGUAUUACGGAAACACAAUGGUAUCCCCGUUGCUUAGUUGGUGCAGUCGCCCUUUCCGAAAUAUAUGGAGAUCACUGUCAGUUGAAAGAAAUUGUCGAUGAAAUAUCCCGUGAGGUGGAAGAGAAGUUGAGGACGCAUUGGAGUAAUGAUGGAACAGUAAUUAAAAAAUGUGAAGGAAAAGUAGAUGGGACCACUUUAAUGCUAGCUAAAGCACUUCUCCAUGAUCAAAUCGAACAGUGGACACGGGAAAACAGGAAACCUGGAAGUGCAAAUGCCUGGAGGGUAAGGAUGCCCUGGCAUUAUUGGCAGACCGUAUGUAAGCAGGGGGCGCUGGCGUCGAAGUCCGAGCAUGAGAGGAAGAAGCAUUAUUUACAGGAAAAUAAGGACACCGUCGGAAGUUUCCUCAAUAUAGGCAGCGGCAGUGAUAGGGCACAAUUAAUGGAAGAAUUAAUAAAGGAAGAGGACAUAUUAACUUUCGAUGACCUGCAGACAGUAUUAGAGAAAUCUAUGAGUAAUGGUGCUGGUGGCACUGCCACUCCCCUUGAUUUUAGCACCAUCAUGAAAAACUUGGAAGGCAUCGUUGAAAAAAAUAAAG